AUGUUACACAUCAGGCAUGAAGUCAACAACAAAGUAGUUUCUUCAUGGAGGAAUGGAGAUGACAAGUACAAAGGACCCCAACACCGGAAUGAAACCGUAAAUGCCAUAUCUACACGGUCCGGGAAGGUAGUUUCUUCUCCCAUUGAUAAAUCUUGUGUUUCUAAUGUUUCUCCACAGGUUAAGCAAUUUGAUGAAGAUGUUGAUGAAGAGGUAGAGAUGGAGUCACCGCUGGUGGUGACUACUCCGGUUCCUAAAGCCACACCAAUCAAGGAACCCGAAGUCAAACCAUACAAGCCCAAGGUCCCUUUUCCUCAACGCUUGAGGAAGGAAAAGAUUCAAGAACAAUACAACAAAUUCUUUAACAUGAUAAAGUCGGUGACAAUCAAUGUCCCACUAGUUGAUCUUAUUUUAGGCAUGCCCAAUUAUGCCAAGUUCAUCAAAGAACUAGUUACGGAUAAGAAGAAACUUGGUGAAGUAAAGGCAACCUUUCUAAAUGAAGAAUGCUCGGCGGUUAUCAAAAACAAGCUUCCACCUAAGCUUUCGGAUCUAGGGAGUUUCUUAAUUGCUUGUUCAUUUGGUAAAAAACUAACUUGUAAAGCAUUAGCCGACCUUGGGGCAAGCAUCAAUUUGAUGCCCUAUUCUGUUUUUGCCAAGCUUUCUUUGGGGCAACUAAGGCCCACCAAAAUGAGCUUCCGCCUUGCGGAUCACUCUUUUCAAUACCCAUUGGGGGUGGCUGAAAACUUGCAAGUGCAAGUAGGCCAAGUUGUCUUUUUAGUUAAUUUUGUAAUUUUGGAAAUGGAGGUGGACACCAAGGUGCCUCUCAUUUUGGGCCGACCAUUUUUAUAUACUGCGGAUGCUAUCAUUCGGGUAAAGGACAAGGAAAUUUCCUUGGGUGUCGGGGAAGAUUGUGUUGUGUUUAAAAUUGAAAAAGCUUUGAAACAUUCUUAUUCUUCCGAUGACACUUGUUUUAGAAUUGAUGUUAUAGAUGAUGCGGUCAAGUUGGAAAAAUUAGAGCUGGUAGGAGUUAAUGGUGAAGAAAGCGAUGAGAGAAUGGCAAGAAUUGGAGAAGGAGAUGUCACUAGUGACCAAGUUGAAGAGAUUUUGGCAGUUAGAAUGGAUGACACCCCAUUGGAAGACGAGGGAUUUGAAGAAAUUGAGGUAAUUCCAAGUGCCAAGCUACCCACUUCCAUUGAUAAUCCUCCAACGGAUUUAGAACUAAAGCCAUUGCCCGAUCACUUGAAGUAUGCAUUCUUGGAAGGUACAUCUCUACUUCCCGUUGUUAUCUCCUCAUCACUCUCGGGUGAGGAGAAAGCUAGACUCAUGACCAUUCUAAAGGCCCAUAAAAAGGCCUUUGCUUGGAAGACAUCCGAUAUACCCGGGAUAAGCCCCGAUUUUUGA